UAUUUUUCAGACAGAAACCCUUUACUAACUAACCCCUUUCUCCAAAAUCUAUAGAAUCAGCGUUGGGUCGUGUCUGAAGAAGCAGCGAGCUCAGCUGUGUCAAAAAUGGAUGACGCCGAAACCAAAGGAAGAAUCGAAGAAACAGUUUUGAAGAUCCUUCAAGAAUCAAACAUGGACGACGUCACUGAAUCCAAGAUUCGAAAGCAAGCCUCAAAUGAAUUGGAUCUUAACCUAUCUCAGCCUCCCUUCAAAGCCUUCGUCAAACAAAUCAUAGAAGAUUUUCUUCUACAGAAGCAACAAGAACAACAGAAUGAGAAAAAAGAAGAAGAAGAAGAAGAGAAACAACAGGUUAAACAAGAGGGAGCUUCCAACAGGAGCACUGUUUAUGAUGAUUCUGGUGAUCUCGUCAUCUGCGAGCUUGGAAAAAAGAGAAAGGUGACUAUUCAAGAUUUCAAAGGGAGAACAUUUGUCUCUAUUCGGGAGUUUUAUACUAAGGACGGCAAGGAACUUCCUUCUUCUAAAGGAAUAAGUUUGACUCAAGAGCAGUGGUUAGCCUUCAAGAAAAUUGUGCCUGACAUAGAACAAGCCAUUCAGAAAAAGGAGUCACGCGUGUAAGGACAAGAAGAUUUCCAUAUGCAGGUUGAAGUAUUCAUGUCAUUGUCUUAUGAUUGCUAAGUGAUGUGGUGAUGCUUGAUAUUUCAACUCUCAAGUGACAUGGCUUUGCUUUUUAUGUAAUCUGAAUAUCCUGAAUCUUAGUGUCAUUCUGUACCUCGACCAUUUUGUUCAGGACUUGAAAUCAUUGUGAAUCAUGUUUUGUUCAGUGUAGUGCAACUGGAGUAGAACUUUGUAGGAAAACUCUAGAGAAGGUGAAAUGAGUGGUAUUGAAUUCAGUAAUAUGAUAUGUCCUUCCAUAUAUUUCUCUGUGAUGGUUGUGUUUGGUAAUAUGCCGAUAAGAAAUUUGUAUGAUUAGCAUUAUGCUAUUGAAUGUAGUUUUCUUUCAAAUGUAAAAUUUGUAUGAUUAAAAUUAUGUAUUACAAAUUUGGAA